GUGGAAUACCACGCUCAACGCGUCAUUUCUCAAACUCGGCUACACGCGUUUGAUUUCUGAUCAAUGCGUCUAUAUUCGACGAGGUGGUUCUGACAUUUCCAUCAUAGCCGUUCAUGUGGACGAUAUGACCAUCCUCGCAUCUUCUGACGCACAUAUGGCCUCGAUCGAAUCUGAGCUUAGCGCUGAGUUCUCGAUCAAGCUCCUUGGGGAAAUCCGACAGCUUCUCGGCAUGGAAG